CCAUCGGAAAUGCUGCCAAUGUUUUUAUUACCUCUAAUUGGAGGUCUAAUCCUUCUCCUCCUACUCAAGGAUUUAUUGUUGCGUGGAAGCCACUGGCAACGUUUGGGAGUUCAGGGACCCAGAGGCUGGCCACUGGUGGGAAACAUGGUACAGUUCGCUCUGGGUCGUCGUUCCUAUGGAGAAGUUUAUAGCAAACUCUACAGUCAGCAUCCCGCCCAGCCUUAUGUGGGAUUCUAUCGCUUGUUCAAUGAACCUGCUUUGCUGAUUCGUGACCAGGAAUUGCUAACUCAAAUCCUUGUAGGCAACCACUUUGCCAGUUGUGCGGAUAAUGCUGUUUAUGUGGAUCAUCAUCAUCGCGAUAUCCUGGCCAGCUUUGAUCCCUUUCUGGCUUGCGGUGAUCGCUGGCGACUGCUGCGCUCGGACCUGGUGCCUCUAUUCACACCCAGUCGCCUGCGUCAGUUGUUGCCACAUGUGAGCAAUGCUUGCAGGAUCCUUAAGGAGCAGCUGCCUCGGGAGCCUUUCGAGGCCAAGGAGUGGGCCACACGCUAUACACUCCAAGUGGUGGCUUCUGCGGUCUUUGGAGUGGAUGCAAACUGUCUCCAGCAGAGUGAGGAGAGUGGGAAAAAUCCUUGGCUACAGUUGCUGGCGCCGCUAUUUCAGCCAAGUUCCUGGAGCCUGCUGGGAACAGUGUCCUUGCUGCACUCGCCAUUACUGGGAAGAGUCCUCAGCUUUCGCUAUGUCCCCCUGGCUGUGCAGCACUGGCUCCUGACCUUGAUGGACUCUCGAAGUGAGAGGGAUAACCUGCUCCAUUGGUUAGAGACGGAGGGCAGGCGCAGCUUGGAUAAGAUGGAGCUGGCGGGGCAUGCCACCACUUUGGUGCUGGAGGGUUAUGAGACCUCGGCUUUGCUCCUGGCAUGUGCACUGUACGAAUUGGCCAGGAAUGUGGAUAUUCAGGAGAAACUGCACAAGGAACUGGAUGAGCAAGAAGGUCAGUUGCUGGACAAUGUGACUCUGGGGAAGCUUCGCUACACGGAGGCCGUGUUGAUGGAGACACUGCGUCUGCAUCCGGCAAUGCAGGCUUUGCAGAAACGCUGCAAUCAGUCUUUUAAGCUGCCUGGAGGAGGACCUAGGAUCCAGGAGGGCAUGGUAGUGGUGCUACCCGUCCAGGCCAUACAUAUGGACCCUGAACUUCAUCCUGAGCCUGAGAUCUUUCGUCCAGAGCGCUUUCUGGAUCAGACUUCAAUGGGCUGCCGUUUUUUGGGCUUUGGCGCCGGUCCUCGCAUGUGUCCUGGCCAGCGUUUAGGCCUCCUACAGACAAAAGCUGCCCUGGUCACCUUACUGCAGGAGCAUCGCGUUCUAAAACGACCUGGAACUGCCUUGGAGGUGUCUCCACUCACCUUCCUCACAGCCAGCAAAACUGGCAUCUGGCUAAGCCUGGAGAGAAGGAAUCUGCACAGAAAGACAUCCCCUUAAAGGGUUUAUAAUAUCAUUAUCUUUAAACC